AUGAGCUCUGCUGGAAAGACCGGCCUGGUGGCAUGUGGUCACUCCCUGAGGCUGGCCCUCCCUCCAGCCCAGCCCCUCAUCUCCAACCCCAGACUGCUCCCUGGCCCAAGGCACCUGGAAAUCCUCAUCCCCGUGGGUGUCUGCCCUUCAGCUAGAAUGCCACUGCUGAGACACAACUCCACAGGUCUCCUGCACCCCUGGUAAAGAGCUGGCCCGGCAGAAGUCCUGACCUGUACCCCCUGGGGAGCCCCCAUUGUUUGGGAUGGCACUUUCAACCCAGACAUGGCCCAACAACAGGCUACACAGUAGAGCCUCACCGUGAGACUCUUUGCCAUAGGCAGGUACCUGGAGAAGUACCCGGCGCGCUUCCUGGAGAGCGAGCAGCACUUCAUGGUGAGCCAGCGCGUGGUGUGCUUCGUGUUCACUGAGCGCCCGGCGCUGUGCCCAGCGGCCUGGCAAGACGUGUCCAUGCAGCGCAGGCAAACGCUGCACGCGGCGCUGGGCGGGCUUCUGGGCCGCGACGCGCACUUCGUGACGCAGAUAGACAAAAAGAAGCUGUAG